AUGUUUGACGUCACAAAACCUGAUCUGGACGCCAUCCCCAGGCCCCUUUCCCUGUUGCGUCCAUUCGAGCCCAACAACAUGGUCUUCCUUCAUCGCGGUCAGACCCGGCUAGAACUUAUCAACGCCCUCUCCUUGUCGAUCAACGGUCCCAUGAGUCAUUCCGUCCGCUCGUUCUUGCUCGUCGGCGAGGUCGAGUGCCUCAUCACUUUUGUCGUCGUCGCGUUUUUGCUCUACAAGAAGCAGUCCCUCGGCAAACUCUGGAUCAUCACCAGGCGCAAUUCGGUCCACGGAACGUUCUACGUUGCCAAUGCGGUCUUUGUACUCGUGCUCGGUGUCGCUUUGUACCUCAUUGCGUGGAACACCACCGCCCUGGUCUCGGUCUGCUACUCAUCCACCCUUGUCAGCAGCUUUGCCUGGCUCUGGGUCGUACCUCUGCCUUGGUUGCCCUUGAUCGUAUGCGCCUACAUCAGCAUUCAUGGUUUUGCUGCUGGGUGCAGUCCGCUGUCUCCCUUGUCCUCCAUGAACCGUGGCACGCUCGGAUCACGCCUCAAGUGGUAUCACUUUCCCGUCACAAAGUCACCCCUGAUCGCCAACGCAUCGCUCAUCCUUCCGUGCGUGCUGCUGUCCACCACCACCAUUGUCCUCGCUGCCAUCGGUAGCCAUCACUAUCACAGUUCAGAGCGAUUCGCCCACCGCGUGCUGUCUGCCGAAGUGUUGCGUCAGCUGCGGGACUACUACGCUGGCAGGUCCGGCUCCCUAACUGAUCCCGACGUUCUCGCUUCCGACGAGCUCAUCUGGACGGCCCGCAUUGUCGCAGCCAAGUACAUGGAGGUGCUGCGGUUCAUGGACAUCUCACUCGCCGUGUUUGCCGCGUGCGCCAUUGCCCUCCUCUUCCCGGUCUAUUGCUACGGUCCGCCCAACGUCGUCAGUCUGGUCGACCACGCGUGCUCUCUCUACCCGGACCCCAUUCCGAUCUCGUGCACCACAUGUCCGCGCAAAGUGUGGUUCCUCUUCACCAAAGGCAAGCCCACCUCGGAGCACAGCACCACCCACCUCAGCCUCAGCAGCUGGAAAAUGACGAUCCUUGCGGCCCUCUACGUUUUCACCUUGUGCAGCUGCGUCCCGCUAUACGCCUACAUCCCGAUCUACGUCGUCCGAGAUCAGUUUCCGCACCGUGUGCUGGCCGGCGAUAUCCGAAACACGCUCAACGGCGCUAUGAUUGCUCUCAACAUCGCCACCAUCACUUCGUGCACCUUUUUCGCCGGCUUUUGCACCGUCGCCACCCUCGACCCCGUGUUCAGGGCCGCCAUCGGCCUCAACAUCAUCCGACGCCAGAUUCCCAUCGAGAUCGACGUUGUGCGCACUCAAUUCGACCAAAGCGAGCACGUCACCAUCUCGUAUCACAAGCGCAUGGGUAACUUCCUCAACCCCAGAUAUUCUCGUCCGGACAGAGAGAAGAGGAGUUCGCUCGCCACCGUGCCUUCCAUCAGCAGCACUAUGGACACCAUGUCGAGGAGCAACACGGGCAGCACAACAAAGAAGGACAAGUCGGUGCUCAUGCCGGACUCGCCCCGCUACGCGGUCAGUAUCGUCGUCACCACCGAUGUCGAGACCGAGGACGCCGCGUUGCCUAUCCAUCCCCAUGCGGCCAAUGGCGAUGCCAAGGAAUCGGGCUCGUCACCAGCCUAG